AAGCACUAAAAAGUGAGUAGGCCUAUUCUAUCUGAUUAGAGCUAAGACAGCUAAGACAUUGGAGUUAAUUAUUGUAACUAUUUUUUAUGUAGUUUAAAUGUGGCCCCCAUCAAUUGAAUGCGUAUUGGUUUACAAGUAGAAAUUCAAAUGAGAGCGCACAGCGUGAUGAUCAUUAAAAUCUACAUUGUUGUUUUUUCCAUGGAAAAAGCAUUUUGGGGUAAACGUCUUGUAAUCAUAUUUGCGGCCUCAGCUAGCACCUGAUCUUAUUGAAAAGAUGCUGGAUGAAGGCGAAUGUAUGAAGAGGGGAUGAGGAUGGAUAAAGGAGCGGAAGGACGCUCAGCGUGCCCCCGUGGGGAGUUUUAUUAUUGACAACAUGUUACAGGUCCUUCAGACAGCAGACGACACGGAGGAGCACCGGGGCGACACACAAAACACGGACACCCCAGCACUAGUGAGGCCCUGCUUUGGGUGAUCUACCUGCUCCUGUGUCACAUGGUCUGCUUGACCUGAUUGAUCCCCAGAAGAUGCUGCCUUCAGGUGCUGAUAAAAAUAUGUAAAUGAGACAGACAAAGUGAACACAGACAGACUGAUGGAUAGACAAGAUUUGAUGCUUCUGACGCAGCUGUGAGCUGUGCUAAAGGUCCAGUAGGAGAUUGAAGGUGUCCUGAGGCAGAGCUAUGGGCUGUGGGGGGAGCAGGACCGAUGCUCUGGAGCCUCGAUACCUAGAGAGCUGGACCAAAGAGACAGAGUCCACGUGGCUGACAAGCACGGACACCGACAUCCCACUGUCGUCCAUCCAGAGCAUCCCUUCUGAGGGCUCGGAGGCCUGCUUCACUUCUGAGAAAACCAUCAGCCCCGUUCCAGAUUUCUUUGAGGACAGCCUCCCUCUGCCUGCUCAGGCGUACCUGAAGGUGUGUUCAUCCGUGUCUGAAGCCAGCCUGAACGAGGUGAAGCCCAGCAGCCCCCCUGCUAUACUGGGCUCUCCCCCUAAAGAGACAACAUCACCGUCAGCAGGCACCACAGUGCAACGUAGAAGUGUCCUACACACAGAAGAGAUUACAAAAUGGCAGGACAAUCGGAUGUCGACCAAGCAGGUAACCAUCACUGUGACGCAGAGCAUCCAUCAGGUUGACAAGAACGGGAAGGUGAAGAAGUCCCUCACCACCUACGAGGUCAUGAAACCUGUGGAGGCCCUCAAACAGGUGACCACACAAAACACCUGAGACUGAUGAAAAGCCACAAGAGGACGAAAACUGUGAAAUAAAGAGACCUGAUGGGAGUUUUUAUUGUGGGAAAACUCUUUAAGGGGACGGAUGGCUGAUGAAAGGACAGUGAUGAUUGUUUGGGUGGUCUCGGCUCAUUUUCUUCAAAAACAAUAGAAGAAAGAACGAGGCUGUGUUGUACUUUAAUCUGUCUUAUGUAUUUCUAUGGUGCCUGUUACAACGUUGAACUGUACUUUGACACAUUGAAGACAUCGAAAUGUUAAACUGUUGAUCAGAGAACAUUUAAAACACAACAUUUAACUUGAAGGAUCAAACCAAAAUGAAAGACUUCAGGGUUAAGCACAGCAGAAUGUUUGAGAGCAUUGAAGAAAAGCUGAUAUGGCACAUUUCAAAUCCCUGCAGUGAACUGUACAGCAUCUAAAGCCCAAUUUUAACAUAUGCUAUGAUAAAUAUUUUUGAAGCUAUUACAACAGAAUUAAUCAACACUACAGGAAGGAUUUCAGUUCUUUCUCACUGAUGCGCGGCAUGUGCUGUGCUACAAUCUGUAUGGCUCAGGAAGGUGAAGGUGAAGAUUGCACUAUUUACAGUGAAGCCUGAUGGGAUUUUGUGAUGACAAUGUGAGAAAAAUGGUCUUACUUCAUCGUGUUGUUUUGUACCAAACAGUGUUACAUUUUCAUAUCUAGUCAUUUGUGUUUUAUAACGACAAUAAACUCGACCUAAACAUUG